GAUUGUACAGGGACAACAAGGAGAGAAAACUGAAAACAAACCAGCCGUCAGUGUGCGGUAUAGCCAACGUCAACCAUCGUACAUGUUGUAGCUACUAUCAAGUUAAUCUAAUAUUACGUGAAGGGAUAUGAUGAUGAGACUUUUUCCCAUUCGCUCUGUUCUUCGUUUCCCUUCGUCGCUUUCUCGGCUGUUGCUACCUGCUUUGCUCUUGUUCGUCCUCUACAUCUUCAGUCUCGUCGUGGUGGACUCAUUUUAUGCAGCAGAAAAUCCAAUACAAAUCGUGUCGUCUCAACCACCAGACCAGCCCAAACUAUUAUCUCAUGAGUCUCUUCCACGGAAUCAAAAGUCUGACGGUGAUGAGAAAGUGCCUCAACCGAAAUAUAAUUUGAUGGAAGAAACGUAUGGUAGAAAAUGGGCAAAGAAAUCGGAUGACAAUUAUUUCUCGCCUGCCGAUUGUACUGAAGAGUAUGCCAACAAGAAUCAACUGCAACAGGACCACCCGUGUGUCAUUCGGCUUAUAAGGCAAAAAUAUCUGCGCCAACCAGCACCCACAACUAUUCCUUAUCAACUGGGAGAUCCCCAAACUCUCGAUCCCUCUGACGGCCAAGCUCAGGGAAUUUUAAGGAUCUUGCGCAAUCAAACUAAAGGAUUUUUCAUCGAGUGCGGUGCGUAUGACGGCGAAACUCUAUCCAACACGUUAUACAUGGAGCGAUCCUUCCAGUGGAGCGGACUGCUCAUCGAGGCCGAUCAAAUAUCUCACGCUCAACUCGUGAACCGCAAUCGUCGAGCCUACACUUCGCCCGUUUGUCUCAGCACCAAACCUUACCCCAUGGAAGUUGUUUUUAACGCAACCGUCGGGACUCUGGGAUCGAUUCUAGAGGAUCAAAAAAAUUCGGAUCAAACGUCCGACAAGAAGAAGACGGAAUCUGCAAAAGGCACAGAAAACAUUUACAAAGUUCAAUGUUUCCCGCUGUACUCGAUGCUAGUCGCUGUGGGUAGAACUCGAGUCGACUAUUUCAGUUUGGACGUCGAAGGUUCCGAGUACAAAAUAUUGGCAACCAUUCCUUGGCACAAAGUCGACAUCAAGACGUUGACUGUGGAAUGGAAUCACGUCCCAGAAGGUGAAGCCGCCAUGACUCGAUUGAUGGAGAAGAACAAAUUCGUCAAGUUUGGUUUGAUUGAAAUGAAAUUCUCUCAUGAAGUAGUUUACGUCCAGGAUUUCCUGGACGACUUGAGAAAGUUCGAAGACUAUUAAAUAGGCUAAUAAUUAGACUUAUUUACCUUGAACCAAUUCCGGAAAAAAUGUCCAAAAACGUAAAAAUGGGCGUAUAUGUAUUCAUCAAUUUGCUGUAAUAGCCUGCAUCAACAGGUUUCGAACGAAAGAAAUUCAAUUAGGCUAUUUCAUGGCAUUUACUAUAUACUGCUUCAGUUAAGCGCUAUUGGCGUGAAAGCAAUAAACGAAGUCAUGAAAUAAUGGCAACCGACGGCCACUAUCGCCGUGUCGUGAUCAAAGUUAAAUGCACAAGCGUCAGAACUACACGCUGCAGCUAGUGCAAGUAGUAGGCCUAUACACCUCAAGAGAUUCUGCUUUUCUGUCAAAUAUGUCUAUAUAGCUCACUAAAACUAUUCACUGAUGAAUGUCACCCGUCAAACAUGCAGGUUCAACAGUUUAUCACAUUAUUCAUCAAUGGAUUCUGAAUGGAGAUGACGGUUAAAUGUGAUGGUGAGAGUUUUCCUCCCAAGAAUCAAUUUUUCAAUUUCCCUUCCUUCCUGAAAGAAAGCCACAACACGAUCAGCCAUUCAGCCUGUAGCAUUUUGAAUAUACAAUUUGUGUGGAGCAUUUUUUAAAUACAUGACUGUAAUAGCCA